CCAGGUCGAUGUGGGUGGGUGCAGGGAAGUGUGAUUGACGGGCCCGGGUCACGGGACCAUGGCGACGCUGGGCAGGGCCUGUGGCAUCGGCGAGCGCUGUCCCGGGUGGCAGCAGUAGCAACAACAUGGCUGGGAGUGGCCGCGACACAGUGGAGCGGGAGAAGCUGUUCACUCCGGUCAACAGCUAUGGCUCUCAUGACCACGUCCACAUCUCUCCGCACUCCUGUGUGUCUUCUGGAGCUGCGUUGGACAUACAAGAGGAAGAAAUGAAGAGGAAACUGAAGUACUACUUCAUGAGUCCUUGUGACAAGUACCGAGCGAAAGGCCGGAAGCCCUUCAAACUGGUGGUGCAGAUCGUAAAGCUCAUAUGCGUCACAGUGCAGUUAAUCCUGUUCGGCUUGAGUAACCAGAUGGUGGUGGAUUUUAAAGAAGAAAACACAAUGACAUUUAAACACCUAUUCUUGAAGGAUUACACAGUGGAAGCGGAUGGUUCCUAUGCCGUGUACAAGCAGAGGGACGUUUAUGACUCUAUUUUCUACGCAGUUAACCAGUACCUGGCUCUGCACAAUAUGUCUCUGGGACGCUACGCCUACGUGUUUGAGAAUGACGCCAAUCGGACCGGCCUCCAUCUUUGCCAGCGUUUUUACAAGAAGGGCAGCAUCUUCCCAGCGAACGACACCUUCAACAUCAACCCGCUGGUGAUAACAGACUGUAUGGGUGUGAGCCCCAUGGAGACGGAGAUGCACAAGAACCUCUCGCUGAAAUUCUACAAGCUUAUCGAUGUGUCCAUCAGAUUUAAACUGAAAGCUAUUAACAUUCAGACAAUCAUCAACCAUGAAAUCCCAGAUUGCUACACCUUUAACAUUCUAAUCCUGUUUGACAACAAGGCCCACAGUGGCCGGAUAAAGAUCAGCCUGGAUAACAAAGUGGACAUCAACGAGUGUGCUGAGCCCAGUGUUUCUGGAUAUGGUAGGAAUGAGGCUGGCCUCCUGACGUUUGACACUUGCAUCAUUCUGUUGUGUGGGCUAUCGUUCGUCCUGUGCGUGAGAUCCAUCAUCCGAGGCAUCAUGCUGCAACAUGAAUUUGGGAAGUUCUUCGUCCAGAAGCACAAGAGGGACGUGUCGUGUGCCACUCGCAUGGAGUUUGUCAAUGGCUGGUACGUGCUGCUGAUAGUCAGCGAUGUCUUCACCUUCCUGGGCACGGUGAUGAAGAUAGGAAUCGAGUCCAAGAAUUUUGCAUCCUAUGACCUGUGCAGUAUUCUACUGGGAACCUCAACUUUGUUAGUCUGGGUUGGAGUGAUUCGCUAUUUAAGUUUCUUUCAGAAAUACAAUAUCCUCAUCGUAACUCUCCGAGUUGCUUUCCCGAAUGUGAUCCGCUUCUGCUGCUGUGUUGCUGUCAUCUACAUGGGUUACUGCUUCUGCGGGUGGAUAGUGCUGGGCCCUUAUCACGACAAGUUCCGAACGCUCUCGAUGGUCUCGGAGUGUUUGUUCUCGCUCAUCAAUGGGGACGACAUGUUUGUGACGUUCGCACACAUGCGGCAGAAGAGUACGCUGGUUUGGUUGUUCAGCCAGGUCUACCUGUACAGCUUCAUCAGUCUCUUCAUCUACAUGGUGCUCAGCCUCUUCAUCGCCCUCAUCACUGGCUCCUAUGAAGCCAUCAAGCACCACGGGAUCAGUGGGGUCCACCCCAUAGAGCUGCGCGAGUUCAUCGCGGAGUGCACUGAUGCUCCCAACUCUGGCAAGUUCCGUGAGGUGGAGAGCUCCGUCUGCUCCUUGUUCUGCUGCUGCGACAGAAUGACCACAUAUGAGGAGACACUCUUGGUGAACUGACCCACUUGAGAACGCUGCUCGUGAUUCCAGCUGCCUGCGUGCGUCCCACACUAAAUCCUCCGGGAAGCCUCCAGACAUUGGGAAGGCCUUGUCCUGAGGACCUUGAGGUGAUACCGGGAGCAACUCAGUACAACUAUUCCAAGGAGACUUCUAUAUUUGCUUUUAUCAUUGACGCCACACUAAAUGAUCAGUGGCUUGUCCAAUAUAUUUAUUGCACAGAGGAAUGCUGCCGGAGUGCAGGUUUCCAUCUAUGUCGAUUUGAAGGGACCAUUUCUUCAGUGCUCGUGAUCUUAACGGCAGUUCGUGUUCGUGAUCUUAACAUUUAGAAUUGGAGGCCUUGCGAUCUCCCCUGAACCUUUCCACGGCCUCUCCAUAUCCCCCCCAGCGUAGGAAACUGACUGAUGGGCAGCUCUCUUAAUAGUUGAAUCGAUUAAAUCCACAACUAAAUACAGGUCCACCACCCUCUCACAGUCUCAGAUAAAUACACAUUGCUGACACUUUUAUUUCAGAUUGUCAGCGGAUUAUAAUUUCAGGUACAGGUCCACCACUGAUUUUCCGUCACGCUAGGUUCCAGAGCCUUUCUGGGUUCUCCGUUUUUGCCGGACCAACGGAGAUCACGGCCUCCGAUAGGAGUCCAACGGUCGUCCGAGGAGCCGAGAUACAGGCCUUGGGAAUGGAUCUGCUGGCUCCAUCCAGGCCAGAGUUCCAGAACUCCGGCCUCAGGAGGUGGGGGGCAAAUUCAACCCGCUGAUCGGCCGCGGAAGUCCCGAUGAGGUUGAGAUCGGCCGCCUCACCCAGCCUCAGCGCCACAUUUUCUGGGGGGGGGCUUCAGGGGCGUAUUACAAGCACCCUCUUGGAAUUUUAUUCAGAUUAAAGGCAAUGCUGGAAAACACCGUAUGCCGAAAAAUCGAUGAUGCACCUGCCUUUCAGUGAUGUUCUCAUCCACUGGAGAAGACCCGUUGUCCGUGCCUUUCCUGUGCUGGGUGAUCUACUUUUACCUGCUCUAGUGAAUAAAUUAGAAAAUAGUAGGGAAUAAAACCCAAAGCACGAUAGUAGUCUAGCUUUGAGACAUUUAGCAUUAGCCGGCACAACUUCAUUUAGAUUCUGGCUAAGAGUGUGAAGAAGGGUCUCGGCUGAAGCUUCACCUAUCUAUGUUCUCCAGAGAUGCUGCCUGACCCACUGAGCUACUCCAGCACUUUGAGUUCAAAUCGAACUUAAGGCUGCUUUUUGCCUGUUGGGUUUUCCUCCCACCAGUGUUUGAUCGAGGAUUUUAAUUGCUGAGUGGACCAUCCCGCGGUUUUAAUUGGUAAGCAGCGUGUACAGGUUCCUUGCAGAAAAGCAGCCCGUUUGUGUCUUCAGGUUGUUUAUUGAUUCCAUUCAGUCAGUGAGAGAUACACUAGGACUUGUGAACUAUCAAAAGGAUUAAUCUGCAGUAAACUGCCCACUGCCCAUUCAAUGCUUUGUGGAUAAAAGGUGCUGGAAUGCAGAUCAAUUAACAAUUGAGUUACAUUUAUCAAAAAGAAAAUUCCCCGUAUAUAUUAUCUACAUAAAGGGCCUGUCACACUUCCCGAUUUUUUCAGCGACUGCUGGCGUCAUAUCGGGGUCGCCAAAAGAUUUUGAACAUUUCAAAAUCCAGCGGCGACAAAAAAGAUGUUGCGAUACUUGGGAAAACACCGCGUGCCAUACGUCAUCGUGCCGCAUCACCGCCGCAACUUUGUCGGUGACCUAAUACGUCAGUCAAUGAUGCCGGCUGUCACCAAAAAAAUUGGCAAGUAGGUCAGGCCCUUAAGAUAGACACGAUGCUGGAGUCACUCAGCGGGUCAGGCAGCAUCUCUGGAGAAAAGGAGUAGGUGACGUUUUGGAUCCAAACCCUCCACUGCCUGACCCGCUGAGUUACUCCAGCAUUUAGUGUCUAAUCUUCAGUGUAAACUGGCAUCUGCAGUUCCUUCCUACAUAUGUUAUGUCCCUCUUGUGUUUCGAUGACCAAUCAAUUAAUUUAAUAGACUAACAACUAAAAUCAACACAUAUUGAAAAUCAUGUACACUGCAAAAAUGAUCAAAAUGAGUUUUUUGAUGCAAGAUCAAGAACAGUCCCGACCCAAAAUAUUCCCUAUCCAUGGUCUCCGGAGAUGUUGCCUGACCCGAUGAGAUACUCCAGCACUUUGUAUCCGCCUAUCACUCCCAGGCUUUGUUCCACCCUCACCUCUCUCCCUGCUUUUUCCCUCCAACUAUAAUCAGUCUAAAGGGACCCAUCACCGACCCAUGUCAUUUCUGCUAGACACAAAAUGCUGGAGUAACUCAGCGGGACAGGCAGCAUCUCUCGAGCGAAGGAAUGGGUGACGUUUCAGGUAUAGACCCUUCCUUAUCUUUGAUUUAAACCAGCAUCUGCAUAUCCAUCCUAUACAUGUUAUUCCUGCAUCGUGUCCAAACUUUGUCCAUCAAAAGCAAACCACCAACUUCUCCUGCUACUACUGGUGUCUAUGGCUGAUCAUAGACCAGGAUAAGCUGCUGAAGAUGUUUAAGGAACCGACACCUUAAAUUAUUAUUUUUUAAACAUCAGUAAUCUUUUUGUAAUAGAACUGUUGAUUGGAGAGCACAAAAUUUUAAGCUCCGAAAAUGUGUAAAUCUAGUUUAUAAUUUAGUAUGUCAGAAUAAAGUGCUGCUACAGUGCAUUUUGGUUUGCAUGAAGCACUCCACACUACUGCCAGCUCUCCUCAAGAAAAGGGUGAAGAGA